AUGAGCAAGGCCCACCAAGCGGCCGAUGAUCAGCUCAACAGAAUGGGCUAUGAGGCGGAACUACCUCGUCGCCUUAGCCUGCUAAGUAUUUUCGGGUUGUCAUUCGCAAUUAUCGCAGCUCCAUUUGGCUUGAGUACGACCAUGGCCCUCCCCCUCGUAAACGGUGGACCCGUUACCAUUGUCUAUGGCUGGCUUCUCGUUACUUUCAUCUCGCUCUCAAUCGCCGCGUCUCUUGCUGAGAUUUGCGCGUGCUACCCGACCGCCGGUGGUCUGUACUACUGGUCGUACAUUUUGUCUAAGCCCAAGUACGCUUCCAUCACUUCGUGGGUUACUGGUUGGUUACUGCUUGUAGGAAACUGGAUGUCGACGUGCGCCAUCACUUUUGGAGGAGCCCAGCUCAUUCUCUCUGGAGUCUCUCUGUUCGACGCCGGGUUCAUCCCCACGCCCUGGCAAACUGUUCUGACAUUUUGGGGAGUUUUAUUGCUUUGUCUGCUUGUCAACCUCUAUGGUGUCAAGUACCUCGACCUGGUCAACAAGCUUUGCGUCUACUGGACGGUAAUCUCUUGUGUGGUCAUCAUGAUCACUUUGCUAGUCAUGUCCAAAGAGAAACGGUCCGCCGAGUUUGUCUUUACCAAUUUUGACACGUCAAGAAGUGGAAUGCCUAGCGGAUGGUCAUUCGGCAUUGGGCUUUUGCAGGCAACAUACACCCUGACAGGCUAUGGAAUGAUCGCCGCCAUGUGUGAGGAGGUGCAGAACCCGCAAAAGGAAGUCCCGAAGGCCAUUGUACUGUCCGUAGUAGCCGCUGGCAUCACCGGAAUCGCCUUUCUCAUCCCCAUUCUCUUUGUUCUCCCCGACAUCGACUACCUUCUCAACGAAACGAACGGCAUGCCAAUUGGAUUCCUCUUCGCCAGAGCAACCGGCUCGCCUGCUGCUGGGCUAGGUCUCUUAAUUGGAGUUAUUGGCACCAUGGUCUUUGCGGGGAUCGCCGCCCUUACCGCCUCCUCUCGCUGCACUUACGCCUUUGCCCGUGACGGGGCCAUCCCUGGAUCUUUGCAUUGGAGAAAGAUACACCAAGGCCUUCAGGUCCCUGCGUACGCUCUGGGCCUCAGCUCACUCGUCAUUGCUUCCAUGGGCUGUAUUUACUUCGGGUCAGCGGCGGCUUUCAACGCCUUUACUGGAGCAACGUGUAUUUGUCUAUCCGCAUCCUUUGUCUCUCCCGUCCUCAUCUCUCUCCUUCGUGGGCGGCGCCUGGUGCAGCAUUCCACCUUCUCUCUCGGGAAAUUCGGUUAUCUUCUCAACCUCGUGUCAGUCUGCUGGGUUGUCGUGGCAUUCGCUCUCUUCUCUUUCCCCGCCCAGCUUCCAGUUACGGCAAGCAGCAUGAACUACACGAGCGUUGUGUUUGUUGGGUUUGCGGUCAUUAGUGUAGUGUAUUAUACUUUGAGGGGCCGCAAGAGCUUUGAGGGUCCUCCGGUUACGGACAUUAUGCAGAUCAUUGAAGGCGACGAGCUUGGCUCGGCGGCUGCUGCAGUCAGUGCCACAAAGGCCGCGAAGGAAAUCGAGGGCUAA